AUGUCUUACACUAAGGCCAAUCACAACGCCAGCUACCCGGCCAUAUCUGCAUCUAAUCCCGCCAACUCCACUGCGGGUAAAGUCGUCCUCAUCACCGGAGCUGGAUCAGGCAUCGGACAGGCAGCGGCCACCUCCUUUGCCCCCGCCAGUGCCAAGGCCCUGAUUCUCAUCGGCCGCCGCACGGAACCCCUGACGAAGACAGCAGCAAUCAUCUCUCAAAAGGGCCCUGACGUGCAAGUUCGCCUUCACGGAGCCGACAUCAACGAUGUCAAGACCUUGAAGUCUGUCAUGGCUGAGACUGUGUCUACCUUUGGACAAAUUGGCAUCGUCAUUCACGCCGCUGGCAUGCUCCUGGCUCUCGGCCCAAUCUCGACAAUGCCUGUCGAAGAACUUUGGAAAGCGCUGGAAGUCAAAAUCAAGGAGAAGAGUGCCGGUUCGAAACCUGUUCUGGUCAGCCUCAACACCGCAGGCAUUCUUAUGCCUCCUAUCCCUGGAAUGGGCGGUUAUAUCGUCAGUAAGGCGGUUCUGCCGAAGUUGGUGGAGUAUCUGGCUGCCGAAAAUCCCGACAAACUAAGAAUUGUGACUAUUCACCCCAGUCUCAUCCGAACGCCGAUGGCGGUGGAACUUGAGGAGGCGGCAUUGAAGUUCCCUUACGAUGAUGAGGCCGUGAAAGUAGCUGCUUGGGGCAAUUCGGCCCAGUGUGUGGCCUGCGAUGACGAAGAGACCUUCCAACUCAAGUCCGAGUACGCUCAGAGUGGCGAACCGCAAGAUCCCCUACUGCUCGUGAACGUGGGUAUGAAAGAUGACCUGAUCGAGUUCGUCGACAUUCCCAACGAACAAUGCAGGUGGACCAACUGCAACGUUGGCUGUGCUCCUGGAUGGGCGAUUGUACCGCGCAGCGACCCAGGGGCGCGAGGCAAAGAGUACAUAUUCGAUCAGACGGGCUGCGAUGGUACGGCCUUCCAUACUUUCUGCUGUCCAGCGACUUGGAAGCAGCCAAAGUGCGGUUGGUACACGCACAACAACGGGAAAUGCACCGGCAGCUACCCUAAUAACAUGGUCCUCAUUGGUUCGAAAAAGAAGUAUUGCAACAAUGGGCAGUUCCAAGCAGCUUGCUGUACAAAAGAUACUCAACGCAUCAAGCUGUAUACGCUCUAUGAACUAGGCGCGUUUUCGAAAUGCGACGAUCAAGCAAGCUGUCCUGCUCAGAGCGGCGACCAGUCAAUGAAGACUUUAUUGGCUUCAUCGUCUAUUGGUAUAGGUGGCGCCGAAGUUUGCAAGAAGCUCUUGCGUGGAGGCCGCAUGGUUGCCAGUGGCGAGCACAAGCUGUGCUGCAACACAAGCAAUAAGAAGAUGACCUUCUCCGAUUGUGAGUGGUAUUCCAAUACGGGCUCUGGUCCUGCUAUCAGCCGCGAGGACUUUUGCGCAGCGAAUUGCCCAAAUGAUCGCGUCCGCGUGGCCAUGGACCUGAGAGCCCUGGGGUGCUCUGGUGGCGGCAAGGAAAGAUGCUGUAUCCCUAACUACUACGAAACCGUUGAAGUAGAAAACGAAAAGCCGGGCGUAUGGAGGGACUCUUUGAAGGUGAGGUAUUGA